AUGCUGCCUUCGCAUCCUCUUCUUCUGCCGCUAUUCGGCAGCGUCGCCAGUGCGGCCAAUCUGUGGGCGAGCCACUACUCGGGUACAAUCAACUACCUCACGUUCAACGGCAAUAACCUGGCUUUGAGCAGCUCGAGUUCCACGGGUAACAAGCUGCCCAGUUGGCUCACAUAUGAUAAUGCUGGAAAGGGGCUGUACAUUGCCGAUGAGAACUUUAUCGGAAACUCCGGAGGAACUCUGACUUCCUUCUCCAUCGGGAACAAUGGCAGCUUGAGAUCAGCCGGAACCGCGCCUACACCUCAGGGUGUAGUUGCAAAUACUCUAUAUGGUGGUCCAGAAGGAAGAAGCUUCAUUGCGAAUGCUCACUACCAAACAUCGCAAUUGACGACUUUCAAGCUUCCGUUGAAUGGUGGUCAGCCCAUGCAAACAAUCAAAUACACUGGAAAAGGUCCCAAUACGGGCCGACAGGAAGCUGCACACCCACAUCACGCCUUUGUCGAUCCUACCGGAGAUUUCAUAGUCGUACCUGACCUAGGUGCUGAUGCAAUCCGCAUCCACAAGAUCAACCAUCAAACAGGCGCGCUUACAGACUGCGCUCCUGGCAAGCCAACUCCCGGCACAGGCCCAAGACACGGCGUUUUCUGGUCGCCAGCCGGCUCCUCACGCGUGCGCCGCGCAGAGGGCACAAUUCUUUUCAUUGCGAACGAGUUGACCAACAGCGUCUCCAGUUGGGCGGUGACGUACGCUCAGGGAGGUUGCAUGAGCCUGACCUUGAAGCAGACCUUGACGCCCUACCAGGGCAACACCACCGCCGUCUCUGGGACGAAGGUUGGUGAGAUCAGGGCCAAGGGAAACUUCCUCUACAACUCGAACCGAAACGACAAGAAGUUCUCGGGCAACGACUCAAUCACUCAGUACACCAUCUCUUCAACUGGAACCCUUACGUGGACUGAUAUUACGUCUUCGUAUGGCACGUACCCACGCACCUUCGACAUCAGCAAGGACGGUGCUUUUGUUGCCGUGGGCGAUCAGACAACCUCGAAUGUGGCCAUUGUGGCACGAGAUACGACUUCCGGCAAGCUAGGAAAACUGGUGGCUAACUUGAGGAUUGGUGCUGCUGGUAGGCCGGAGAACGAGGACGGUCUUAGCGCAGUGGUGUGGGAAAACUAG